CCGUUAUCGUCCGUCCGCGUUGGUCUGUUAGCGGGAUCAAUGGGGACACGCGUCUGUUGUUCUUCGUUUGCGUCAACACUUCUUCCGAUUAACGCUCUCUAUCUUCCGAAGAAGAACACCGCCUUGUGUACUCUAUUAUACGCUACUUCAAACCACCGCUAUCGAUCACCUUCAACAAUCGGUCGUCGGAUUUUAUCUCAAGUUACACAUCUUCAACAAUCUUUAAGUCGUGCAUGGAGAUGA